UUUUCUGAGUAAAAUAUUUUCUUUCUGUUUUCAACAAAAUCUUGGGUGUCACCUGCGUGGCAGUGAGGCUAUAUAUGCCUUAUAAAGCUCACACGAGGAUUCUGCUUCCCUUUUUUUUUUUUUUUUUUUUAUUCUCUGCCAUUCAGACUCGGCAGAUUUCCCACUCUCUACGUACCCUUUUCAUCUGUCCUUUACCCGUGCACCCUAACCCAGCUGGAGUUUGACAUGUUGAUCCAGAAUUUUCUGUUGCUUUCAGCAUCCGCUGAUUUCCGAGGUGUCUCCGGAGUUAGCCUUUGAACUUGUUCCUGCUUAUGAAUAUGAAAUUUCCAACUCAUGGGCCCACCCUGUUGACCCCUUCCUGUUGCAUUUUGUAAUUUUGUGGAUAUUGUUUUCUCCUUAUUGUCUAUAUUUCAUUUUAAUUUUCGGGGAGGAAGUUUGGCUACUUGCGACAUUGAUAUUCAACGUCAAUGGUUGGAUUCCAUAGCGACCAUAUGCAUGGGAACAAGUAUAAUGGUAAUUCUAAUAGUAUACCGGGUCGUGUUGAACGACUUGUGAGAGAAAGAGAGCUAAGAAGAAGCGGCAGGGCAUCUCUUUCCAAUGAGUCUCCUGAUAAUAUUAAUAAUAAUGGGGUUACUGAAUCUUUUGAGCAUGAUCUGUUCUUAAGAGAAGACAAUAACUCAGGUGCUUAUGUUGAACGACUCCAGAACGGGGCGGCAGCAGCAAGGGCUCUUAGUGAGACAUGCGAAAGGGAAGAUGGGAAUCUUUUUAGACAACGGCUUUUGGUGGUGGCCAAUAGGCUGCCAGUCUCAGCAGUUAGGAGGGGUGAGGAUUCGUGGUCUUUGGAAAUGAGUGCUGGCGGCCUGGUGACGGCUCUUUUAGGUGUGAAGGAGUUUGAGGCGAGGUGGAUAGGUUGGGCCGGUGUCAAUGUGCCCGAUGAGAUUGGGCAGAAGGCACUUACUAAAGCAUUGGCUGAAAAGAGGUGUAUCCCUGUAUUUCUUGAUGAAGAGAUUGUUCAUCAAUAUUAUAAUGGCUAUUGCAACAACAUUUUGUGGCCCCUUUUUCAUUACCUUGGACUUCCACAAGAAGACCGUCUUGCUACCACACGUAGUUUUCAGUCUCAGUUUGUAGCAUAUCAGAAAGCAAAUCAAAUGUUUGCUGAUGUUGUAAACAAGCACUAUGAAGAGGGUGAUGUGGUUUGGUGCCAUGAUUACCAUCUUAUGUUUCUUCCACAAUGCUUGAAGAAAUAUAACAGCAAAAUGAAAGUAGGCUGGUUUCUCCACACCCCAUUUCCAUCUUCUGAAAUUCACAGGACACUGCCAUCUCGUUCAGAGCUCCUGCAUGCUGUUCUUGCAGCUGAUUUGGUUGGUUUUCACACCUAUGAUUAUGCACGACAUUUUGUUAGUGCAUGUACUCGCAUCCUUGGACUUGAGGGAACACCUGAAGGGGUUGAGGAUCAAGGGAAGCUGACUCGAGUUGCUGCAUUUCCAAUUGGUAUAGACUCGCAACGAUUCAUACGUGCACUUGACCUUCCUCCAGUCCAGGAACACAUCAAAGAAUUACAAGAAAGAUUUAAAGGCAGAAAGGUAAUGUUAGGUGUUGAUCGCCUUGAUAUGAUCAAAGGAAUCCCUCAAAAAAUUCUAGCAUUUGAAAAAUUCUUGGAAGAGAAUGCUUCUUGGCGUGAUAAAGUCGUUCUGCUUCAAAUUGCUGUGCCAACAAGAACGGAUGUUCCUGAGUAUCAAAAGCUUACAAGCCAGGUCCAUGAAAUUGUUGGCCGCAUCAAUGGCAGAUUUGGAUCAUUGACUGCUGUUCCUAUACAUCACCUGGACCGCUCUCUUGAUUUUCAUGCACUGUGUGCGUUGUAUGCUGUUACGGAUGUAGCACUUGUCACAUCUUUGAGGGAUGGAAUGAAUCUUGUCAGUUACGAAUUUGUGGCCUGCCAAGAUAAAAAGAAAGGAGUUCUCAUUCUUAGCGAAUUUGCUGGUGCUGCACAGUCUCUUGGUGCUGGGGCAAUUCUGGUCAACCCCUGGAACAUCACAGAAGUUGCUGCUGCAAUUGCCAAGGCUCUGAAUAUGCCUUCUGCGGAAAGAGAGAAGAGACAUAGGCAUAACUUUCUUCAUGUAAAAACCCACACUGCCCAGGAAUGGGCAGAAACUUUUGUAAGCGAACUGAAUGAUACUGUUGUUGAGGCACAGCUAAGGACUAAACAAGUUCCACCACGGCUCCCAACCACGACUGCAAUUGAGCGAUACCUACAGUCAACUAAUCGAUUGCUUAUUUUGGGAUUCAAUGGAACUUUAACUGAACCAGUCGAGAAAAAAGGUGAUCAGUAUAAAGAAAUGGAACUCGCAGUGCAUCCAGAACUGAAACAACCCUUGACAGCACUUUGCUGCGACCCGAAGACAACAGUUGUUGUGCUUAGUGGAAGUAAAAGAACAAUUCUAGAUGAAAACUUUAAAGAAUAUGACAUGUGGCUGGCAGCAGAGAAUGGGAUGUUUUUAAACCCUUCAAAGGGAGAAUGGAUGACAACAAUGCCAGAGCAACUGAAUAUGGAGUGGGUUGAUAGCGUGAAGCAAGUUUUUGAAUACUUCAAAGAAAGAACACCUCGGUCACAUUUCGAAGAAAGGGAAGCUUCACUUGUAUGGAAUUACAAACACGCAGAUGUUGAGUUUGGAAGACUCCAAGCAAGGGACAUGCUUCAGCAUCUCUGGACAGGUCCAAUUUCUAAUGCACCAGUUGAAGUUGUUCAAGGGAGCCGAUCUGUUGAGGUGCGAGCUGCUGGCGUUACGAAGGGAGCAGCUAUUGACCGCAUCCUUGGUGAGAUAGUCCACAGUAAAUCCAUGACAACACCAAUUGAUUAUGUUCUGUGCGUAGGACAUUUUCUGGCGAAGCAGGAUGAAGAUAUAUAUUCCUUUUUUGAGCCAGAGCUUCCUUAUCUUGGUGUGGGUUUUACACGAAGUAAGGCAACAGAUGGAGUUAAGUAUCCUGUUGAGAGGACAUCGUCCUUGAAGAUCCCAGCUGGUAAAAAUGGAACAAAGUCAUCUCAUAAUAAGGGACAACGUCCUUUGUCAAAUUCUGAGAAAAAAACAAAUAAUCAUAUCUGCCGUGCACCAAAGCGGCAAGCUCCUGAAAAGGUCUCUUGGAAUGUCCUUGACCUCAAGAAGGAGAAUUACUUCUCAUGUUCUGUUGGACGAACUCAAACAAAUGCUCGCUAUACGCUUGGAUCAUCAGAUGACGUUGUUGUAUUCCUCAAGGAACUAGCUGAUGCAUCUUCAAACUCUUUAUUACCUAGUGUCUGAAUUAGUUGAGAUUCCAUGCUUUUGCUCCUUAGGGUACUUCCAGCUUCAGAAUUUGGUAUAUCCUAGCAAUCCUACUUCAUUCACAUGCUAACAUUGAAAGAUAAAUUAUGUAGCCAUUUUAGUCUCACAGAAUUUCCCUGUACAAGUUCGUGCUUUAUUUAGAAAACUUUACUUUGUCUUCUGCAUAAGAGGAUGGCCUUUCUGUAUGCUUCUCUAGCGAAUGUGCAUUCCAAACAUGACUUUAUCUGUAACUGUAGGUUGAUUCUUACUACAAUGUUGAAAAUUGAAGAAUAGCAGUCAAUGUUUUAAA